AAACAUAAAUUACAGAAAUAUUCUGAGAUAUGGAGUUUUUAUGGACUCUGGCGGUUAUUCUCCUAAUAUAUAGUGCAGAUCAAACAAGUGGAAACUGUAAUGGAUCUUUAAGUUUGGAGAAUGGCUUUUAUUAUAAUACAGCGAAGAAUUUUGUAAUUUUUCGGUGCAAUCACGGGUACACGCUGCAAGGAAAAUCUUUUCAGUCCUGCGAUCAAAAUGGUCGCCUUCGGGAGGAAAAACCAUUCUGUGCCACUAGAGGAUGCGAAAAGCCCAAGGAUCCUGAAAACGGACGUGUUCUAGAUGAUUUCUUAAAGGCGGAAAUAGUGUGUUUAGAUGGUUUUGUGGUGGUUGGAAAUCGCACUGCCUUCUGCGAUGGAGAAAAGUGGAGCAACCAGUUGGGAUCUUGUCAAAGGAACAACCGCACCGCAGAUCACUCCUGCGACUUUGAAAGCGAAGAUCAGUGCGGCUGGGAGUCGGAGGAGCCCAUCUGGGUACCAUGGAAGCGAAUUAGCGCGGCGACGGAUUUUCACGACAUAAGAACGGGACCCCGAUACGAUCACACGUUUAGCAACAAUUCCGGAGGACACUACAUGCUCAUGGAGUCCCGAAUUGAGGCUUAUGGGAGCUAUCAUUUCAUAUCACCCAUCUAUCCGAGAUCCCUUUGUGUACAGAAGGCAUGCUGCUUUCGGUUCCACUACUUUAUGUUUGGAGCUGGAGUGGAUAGACUGGUGGUGUCCGUAAAACCCGUAUCGAUGCGAAUUGCCGACAUGUGGCACAGAUUCAGGAACAAUUGCAGCAAAUUCGAGAUGGCUGGCUCGCAGGGAACCCACUGGCUAGAGCACACGAUCACCAUCGACGAAAUGCAGGAGGAUUUCCAGGUGAUCUUCACGGCCACGGAUGCGAAUUCCCAAUUCGGAGACAUUGCCAUCGAUGACGUGAAGCUGAUGACGGGCAAAGAUUGUGAAGUGAGUGGGUAUACCACCACCACAGAACCAACGAUAUCAGCAAUAUCCAGCAGCGAAGAUCCUUUGGUAUUCGACAUGAUGAGUUGCACGGGUCGUUGUGGGUCCAUAAGUCCUGGGAGCCCACUAUUUUCCGAUGAGGGUAUCGUCAUGGGUUGUGGAUGUGAUGAUAAGUGCCUUCUAAACUAUAAUUGUUGUCCCAAUUACUUCGAGAAAUGCGUCAAGGGGCUGGAUAUAGGGUCAGAUGGUGAACUAAUCCCAUCAAUGCCAACGACCUCUUCACCACGGUCAACGACAACUGCGAGAGGAAUAACAACUAUUUCUCCAAAAACAACAAAAAGCAAAGCAACAACCUCAAAGACAACCAUGCUUUUAACAACACCACGGACAACGAAUGCAAGAAAAUUAUUUACAACAUAUGAAACUUCAACCAAAAGGGUUUAUGCAAAAACAACCUACCAAAUAACAACAACCAAGCCAUUCACAGCUAUUCGCAAAAAUAUUACAGAAACCGCUACCAAUAAUCGCACAACGAAGGGUAAUUCCCAAGGCCACAUGGAAAUUAAGGGAGGUAUACCCAGUCCCGCCUUAACAGUGAUUUACCUGCUCGUCGGUGUAGUGUUGCUGAUAGUUAUGGCUAAAUUGACACAUCGCCUUUUCAGUACUUCAAGACCUAUUCACGAGAAGGUAGUAAGUUUUAAAAAGGCAUUUAAGAGACUGAGCAAACCGGGAAGAUCAACCCAAAACUGGAACAGCAUGGAACAGCAAUUGUGCGAUACCUCUAACGAGGACUUAGAUUAUGAGGAUAUAUAAGGAUCUGUAACUACCUGCAGUCACGGCAGACCACGUAGAGACAAAUCGCACCGGAAGUGUGUGGGAUUGCAAUCCUUUUGAAACGCCUUUGACCAAACAAAUAAAAAAGAUCAAAAAAUAGAAAGUAAGUAAAUGAGUAGGGAAGCGUUGUUUCCAAAUAAUGACUUUAUUCAUUUGUAUUUCUUAAAU